AUGGCAUGCGGGGCAAUGCUGAAGCAGCCCAUGGAGUUUGAGGCAGUGCUGCUGAGCCCCAGUUGCCUGAAACAGCGGCACUGCACCCCUCUACCUGGCCCCACUCUGGGCCUCAGGCCCCCAGAUGCUGAGCCACCUCUGCCACUUCAGACAAAGACCCCACUGCCAACUCUACACCAGCCCACCCUGCCCAGUAGCAAGUGGCACCCUCCAACUCCAGAGCAAAUUUUUCAGAACAUAAAGCAAGAAUACAGUCGUUAUCAGAGGUGGAGACAUUUAGAAGUUUUUCUCAAUCAGAGUGAAGCUUGCACUUCGGAAAGCCAGCCUCACUCAUCAGCACUCAAGGCACCUAGUUCUCCAGAUUCCUGCUGGAUGAAGAAGGAGCAGCCCAGCUUUACCCUUCAACAAGUUGGAAUAAUAUGUGAGAGGCUCUUAAAAGACUAUGAAGAUAAAAUUCAAGAGGAAUAUGAGCAAAUCCUUAAUACCAAAUUAGCAGAGCAGUAUGAAUCUUUUGUGAAAUGCACACAUGAUCAAAUUAUGAGGCAAUAUGGGACAAGGCUAACAAGCUAUGUAUCCUGA